ACCCCGUUGGAGCAACGCCGCCGACGGGGCAGCAACCGCGUGUUCCCCGCCGCCACUCCCAGUGAAGCAGCGUGCGUUUCGCGCCGUCGACGCGCCGUUUUGGCUCGCACGGAAGAGAAGACAAGAUAGGCGCCGAAACCGGUGCUAACUGAGAGACUUUCCCCGUGAGCACCCCCAAUCUUUUUUUCCAUAAAGCCUGAGCGCCGAUACGACGUUAAGAAGACACUUGUCCACGAGGGUUUUUUGAGCAACCGAACCUGCGGGACACCGAAAAACGAGAUUCAUUUCAAGUUCCCGUCCCCGCGAAAACGGCGUUGCACUCCUUCCACCUUCUCCAGCCUGCGGCGGCUGCUCCGUUGGCACUGUCAACCGCGGCAGCGGCGGCAGCAGCGGCAAUGAAUGGCCGAAACCAUGCUCACAAUCACCAGUCGCCUCACCAGCAGCAACACUUACCCGUCCACGAACUUCUAGCCCGAUACCAUGCACCCCGGCACCACUCCGGUGUGAUGACCCUGACCAAAGCGCCGGUGACCGAACAGGUAGCAGUGCCCAUGUCUCAGCAGCAGCACCAAUCCCUCCCUCAGGUCUCGUCGAGUGAUCUGGGAUCGGGUGGCGGUGGAGGCGGUAGACGUCGCCAGGGUUCGCAGGCCAACGGCACGGCAACGACGCGAAGUCCGAAGUGCGCCCGAUGCCGUAACCACGGUCUCAGCAUCGCCAUUCGAGGACACAAGCGCUUCUGCAAGUUCCGCCAGUGUGACAGCCCAAAGUGUCGGCUGACCGUCGAGCGCCAGAAGGUGAUGGCGGCCCAAGUGGCACUGCGCCGAGCCCAGGCGCAAGACGAGGCGCUUGGCCGCAUCCCGACCGACGAGGAUGCCAAGCCCGUGCUUCCAACGGACUCCGGCGCGCCGAUCAUGCCACAGGACCACUCCGACGUCUCUCCUACGGGGACCUUCGGGAGCAGGGCUCGCCGUGUCCACCAACUCCGCCUUCAGGGCAGCCCCCGGUGAGUGCUGGCAAAAUGUGCUUCUACUCCAGACAAUCUCAUGUCGUUUCGAAGAGGAAACGGCCGCUCGGGCGAAAGGAGCAAGUCUCCGUCGCGGACGUCCUAAUUACUUCGCUCAAGACGCGAAAACGAACUAUUCCAUGGGAACGAAUAGCGUUUGGAACAACGCCACAUUUUUUUUUAUGUACUUCUUGUAAAGCGCGUUGGAGAAGGCCCAGCCGUUUUGUCUUUCAACGCUUCUCCUGCUUUGCCUCACGUGAAACCACGUGAGCUGUAUUUCUUUGUCGAGUAGUACUCUAUACAAAUGACCCCGUCGUGAGAGGUCGUAGCUGUACACGAUAAACUACUUUUCAGUCGUUUUUCCCUGCGCAGCGAGAGCUUUUGCCCGCAAAACCCGCGCGAAAGGUCUUGCCGUGCCCCGUCA